ACAGAGCACAGUGUUCUGAAGUUAUGCCACCAAUGCAUGUUCACUCUUCUAAAAGCCCUUAUGUGGGGAAACUGUUGUAGAGAUAUGAAUUCAAUAUUAUUGAAUUUGUGGAAAUACAGAAGCAGGAUUAACUCUUAAUUUGCUUCUGAACUGUUCUUUAAAAGCAAAAUAACCAGAUUGUGGGUUUUGUUCCAGGUCAUCCUAUUACUAGUUUUAUAAAGUAACUUUAUACAAAUAGAAGUACUUAAUUUUUUUGUAAACAGUAGCUUAAAAUAUAAAUGUCCCCUGGGUUUUCAUUAAUAGUUUCAUCUUGCAAAAGGGUAAUCAUGUGCUGUAUGUGCAUAAAUUGAAUUUUUAUGUUGCUUCUGAAGUCAUAUACUCCUGUACAACUUCUUUGGUCUGCAUGUUUCUUCUCUGCAUAUGAAUCACUUUUCAUUUUCAGCAGGAGGUAGUGCAUAACUGGUACUGAAGUUUUUGCAAGAAUGUUUAAAAUAAUUGUGUAUUUUUAUUUUGGUUUUAAGUUAUUUACCAGAAACAUACAGAUACACAGGUAUUGUGAAUUGCCUUCUGUCACUUUCUUCUCAAGCCGGAGGCUUGUCCUUGCUGCAUAUUGUGCUGAAAUUGGGAAGGAAUAUCAAAAGUAUUCAUCCAAGAUGUAUCAUGUUAGCUUGUCAAGAUGUAAGUUGUCAGUGUCAGUGCUUCAGCAGCAAUGCAGACCUCUGCCCUUGAUGCCAGUGAUGGAGUUGCUGUUCUCAAACUAAAUAACAAUAAUUUGGAUGCCUGUUGUGCAGUUCUGUCUCAGGAGAGCACAAAGUAUCUCUACGGUGAAGGAGACCUAAGUUUUUCGGAUGAUUCUGGGAUUCCUGGACUACGAAAUCACAUGACUUCUCUUAAUUUGGAUUUGCAGUCACAGAAUGUGUAUCACCAUGUAAGAGACGGAAGUAGAAUGAAUGGAAGUAGGACUCUAGCUCACAGUGUUAGCGAUGGACACCUUCAAACCAGUCAGCCCAGCAAUGAACUGUUUCAGCAGGAACCACAGACAGCACCUGCGCAGGUUCCACAAGGAUUUAAUGUCUUUGGAAUGGCUAAUACAGUUAGUGCUUCUAAUCCAGGGCAACACCUUGGAUUUCACCUAGGCAGCAAAGGAGUAUCUAACUUGUCUCAACAAACACCCAGAUUCAACCCCAUUAUGGUAACUUUAGCCCCAAACAUUCAGCCUGGCCGCAAUACCCCUACGUCUUUGCACAUACAUGGUGUACCUCCUCCUGUCCUUAACAGUCCACAGGGAAAUUCUAUCUAUAUUAGGCCUUAUAUCACAGCUCCUAGUGGUACAACUCGACAGACGCAGCAGCAGCCAGGCUGGGCAUCUCAGUUUAAUCCUAUGCACCCUCAGCAAGUCUACCAGCCUUCGCAGCCGAGUCCUUGGACUACUCUUCCUACAUCCAGUUCUACGCAACAUACCUCAUCGCAACACUCAACGCAGCCAAACCAGCAAGGCCACCAGACUUCUCAUGUCUAUAUGCCUAUCAGUUCUCCUACUACUCCACAAGCACCUAUGAUUCAUUCGUCUGGUAGCUCACAAUCCUCUGCUCAUAGCCAAUACAACAUUCAGAAUAUAUCCACAGGACCUCGCAAAAACCAAAUUGAAAUCAAACUUGAACCACCACAAAGAAACAGUUCCUCUAAGUUGCGCUCAACUGGCCCUCGCACCUCCACUACUCCCUCUUCCCUCAACAGCCAGACAUUAAGUAGAAGUCAGCCCACUGUUUACAUAUCGGCCAGUCCUCCAAAUACUGAUGAAGUGAUCACACGUGGUCAGCCUAAGGUCUACAUUUCAGCAAAUGCCACAGCAGGAGAUGAUCAAGUUGUACGGAACCAGCCCACGCUUUUUAUAUCGACAAAUCCUGGAGUAUCUACCACUUCUAGGAAUAUGUCUGGUCAAGUAAGCAUGGGUCCUGCAUUUAUUCAUCACCAUCCACCCAAGAGUCGAGCAGUGGGCAACAGCACCACUGCAACCUCUCCUCGAGUGGUGGUUACGCAGCCUAACACAAAAUAUACUUUUAAAAUUACAGUUUCUCCAAAUAAGCCCCCUGCAGUUUCCCCAGGGGUAGUCUCCCCAACCUUUGAACCUACAAACCUUCUAAACCUUCCCGAUCACUAUGUUGAACCAGAGGGUAUCCAGCAUCUUACUGACCCUGUUUUAGCACAUGUGGAUAGGAUCAGUGAUGCACGGAAAUUGAGUAUGGGAUCUGAUGAUGCUGCCUACACACAAGCUUUACUGGUACACCAGAAGGCCAGGAUGGAGCGACUUCAACGAGAACUUGAGAUUCAAAAGAAAAAGUUGGAUAAACUAAAAUCAGAGGUCAAUGAAAUGGAGAAUAAUCUGACACGAAGGCGGCUGAAAAGAUCAAAUUCUGUUUCCCAAAUUCCAUCACUGGAAGAAAUGCAACAGUUAAGAAGUUGUAACAGACAGCUGCAGAUAGACAUAGAUUGCCUAACCAAAGAGAUUGAUCUUUUUCAAGCAAGAGGACCACAUUUUAAUCCCAGUGCUAUUCAUAAUUUUUAUGAUAAUAUUGGAUUUCUUGGUCCGGUGCCACCAAAACCCAAAGAUCAGAGGUCCAUUGUGAAAACACCAAAGACUGUUCCAGACACAGAUGAAGAUGAGGGAGCUCAGUGGAGUUGUACUGCCUGUACUUUUUUAAAUCACCCGGCCUUAAAUCGUUGUGAACAGUGUGAAAUGCCCAGGCAUUUCUGAGCCAACAGGCCCGUUAUCUUUUGUAAAACCACAGCAAACGUACAAGGAACUAUCCAGUCAUUGGGGGGCAAAAAAUGCAUAUAUGUGUAGGAUUUUGUAAAAUUGAAGGUGUGAUGAGAUGGUGUUUUGCUAAUGUUAAAUGUCAGCCCACAGAGUUAGUAAUACCUCAGUGUUGUGUCACAGGCAGUUGAAACUCAUCGGCUGAAUGGUAAUCUGCUGAAAGACUCGGUUGCCAGCUGCCUAAACCAUGUGCAGUAUUACCAGUAUCCCAGUAACACGCGCCGUGUUCAGUGCUUGGGUGUUGCCCAUCCUCUUCUCUGCCCCGAUGUCACUACUGAAUUUUGACAGGGGAAAGGAACAGAGUGCUAGCGUUUUUUGUUUUCGGAGCUUUCAGUGAAACACUACAUGCACAGAGGAAAAUCUAAAAGGAACAAGGUUUAACUAUUUAAACUGUUUGCUGCCACAUAGUGCCUUUGAUAAAGGGAGGAAUUUCACAAAACAGUGGUACUCUUUGCCUUGUCUUCCCUGAAAACAUCUCUGUGAAGCCAGAAAUCAGUACAAUCACGUCUAAAGAUGAAAAGGAAAAACUGCAUGCGUUGUCUGUACAAUACACACAGUGAAAUACCCCAAAGCUUUUCCUACUGUACAUAGCUCUAGAGCCUGCUUUAAGUGAUUUCUUUUCUUCACCUUUAUUAUUUUCUUGUACUUCUGUAUGUAUAGUGUAAUAGUCUUUUUGUUAACUUUUUUCCCUUUAAGUGAUUAAGCACGAUCAUGUCCCUUUUUUUAAGCUUUUAUCUGAGAGAAGCGAUGCCUUAAAAUAAGAGCAUUAAUAAGAAACUAUGCACAAAAUAGCUUUCCUCUGCUCAUUCUGUACAUUGCUCUUGUAAAUGCUGAUGAUCUGUGAAGACCUGCAGAUGCAGCGUGGUAAAAAUGGAGGAAAAGUUGGAAGAGUUAUGCAUAUAGUUCACUCUGUACACUGAGUUUUACGGUGGGUGACACAAGGUAGCAUUUUGUCUGGCAUGAGGAAACUUUUUAAACUAAGAAACUUUCAACCCACCAACAGAUCAGCAUCCGAAUUAAGCUUGCUUCAUCUGCUGGGUAUCUUGCAGACUCCUGAAGAGAGAUUCGUUGGGGAAGUACACACAGUGCCAAAAUCAACAGCAGCAGCAUCAUACAGCUUUGUUCAAGAACUUUAAAUGCUUUCCUGUUUUGGCAGCCAGUUUCUAAGCCUGACUUUGUGGUGAAGUCUCAUAUUUAUAGAAAACAAGGAUAGCAAUAUUUAGGACAACUGAAAUAAAGGCUGGAAAAGAGAAAUCAAACAGACUUGAACACUGAAGCAACCUCAAGCAUCUCUUUAUGUUGAUGAUCUAUUUUUUUAAGGAAAAUAUUCACAUGAUCAGGAAUGUAUGCAACAGAUCAAGGAAAUGGAAUUACAGUACAGUGUGUAUGAAAGACAGCACACAGGAUCAUGUAGCAGCACUUAGAGUGAGGCUGGAGGGAGUGCUAACAAUGUAGCAAGAGACAAAGUAGACUGUCACCCACUGUAAACAUUUGCCAGUGGACAUUUUCAUUAGGAAUUUUACAAGUGAUCUAUGUGAAUGCACAAAGGCCUUUGUUUUGAAGGCUUUGCAUUUUUUUAUGUGGGAAGAAAAUGCCAAUCCCAGGUAAUUAGGCAGUAGACCCAAAGCACUUGCAUUCAAUGCAUUUUGUCUAUAAAAUGAGGCCUUGUUUUUCAGCUUCAUCUGCAGUUCUAUGUGAAGAUUGACAAAUCAGUUUUUACCUGUUUAUUAAUAAAACCUAAUUUGGAUAUCUUGAGUUGAUGGUUUUGUGAUUUAGCUGGGUAAACUGUCUUUGUAACAGAUAAGUUAUUUAUAAAAAUUAAAAAAAAAAAAAUUAUAUUCUAAUGUUUGUUUUUGUGAUUUGUUUACCUAUUCCAUGCUGUGGAGUAACAGAAUAGUCAACAGAGCAAUAAGUAUUAACAGUAUUAAAAACAAGCUGAUUUCUUAUGACCACAGGUUUUAUGUAAGCCUUUGAUUUGUUGAAUCUUGUAUCUUGACUCCCAUGUAUUGUCCAUUUUAAUGGAGGGCAGGAGGGAUAAUCCGUGUGCUUUAAAGGUAUAUGACUUUUAAAAUAUUUUUUCUAAUUCAGAAUGAAUUUUCUAAUUCAGAAUGAACAACCACUUUGUCCAAGGUAAUAUAAUGAAAUACUUUGUGUAUUAAGGAUUGCUAUGCUUAAGCUGUAUUUUGUUGCAAUGUGUUUUAUAGUAGAUGUGGAUGUGGAGCGUUCCUGGACAUGUCUUUCCCACUUGGACCCUGUCUAGACAGAUACUUGGUGUAUUGGUACAUGGGAUUUCCAGAGACACAUAGAUGCUGUGCCGAAACAUUCCUUAACAUAAAUUGAUUAGCUGGAUUGCCUCGUUCCACCGUGUGUAAAAUAAUGCUUGGAGUGAGGAGGGCAAUAAUUUAAACAAACGAACAAACCUCAAAACUCUGCUCUCAGCUGUGGGUGGAAAAAGCAUGUUGGGAAAUAGGUGAAAAGGAAUUCUGCUCAUCCUACUAAAUGCUUAACUGAUUAUUUCUCUGCACUUAUCUUACUGCUUAUUUUCUGGGAGGAAAACAAGUCUGUUUAGAUUGGAACUCCAGCUAGCACUGCUAGCCAUCAGCACAUUAGUAUAAGAGUGUAUCCAGCAGCAUUUUCAGUACCUGAUCCUGGGAUAGAGGGACAAGAGAAAUGACAUCUCCAGUGUCUUCUAUUCCACAGACUCUUACAUUUGCCCUCAGGGGGUUUAUAUGCUUCUGUAUUUCAUGUUGUGUAUGCCAUUAGCUCUUGCCUCAAAUCAACACCACUAUAUAGAUGUAUCAGUAUUACAUUUUUAAAGGGUAGGAUUUUAAGCGUGUAAAUUUUGAAGGCUGAAGUAGAACCAGAUUUCACUACUGAAUUUUCCCCUUUUCCUCCUAGAAGAUAAAUACGAAAGAUUGGAUGCAGUGAGGUUAAUCUUCAUCUCACGAGCGUCAGUAGUUCAUCUUGGAUACUGAUAAUAGGAUUUUACAUUUCUGUAAUGUCUUUGGCAGGGAUGUCUGUAAUUGUGAGAACAAAUAGAUGAAAUUCUUUAGCAGAAAGGAAGUAGACUUCUUGGCUUUUAGAGAUGCUCCUGUUUAUUUUUCAUGACUGAAAUAUCAUGUGGUCAAACUUCAAAAUGAAGGCAACAAAACUGAGACUAAGAAUGGUAACUGAGGUGCUGUUGCAUGUCAGUUCUGUGGAGCUUGUUUCAGUUCACGUUGCCAGCUUUCUAGGCAAGUUAGAAAAAAAAAACAUUUUUCUUCUGCAGUCACCAGCCAGUAGAGCUAUGUUGCCCAGGAGUGUGGUGAUAUUUCAUAUUAAUUGUGAGAUUGAGUAUCAUCUGUCUCACCUAAUGACUUUAAAACUGCAUGACCAAUGUUUGUGCCUGUCUGUUUGUAUUAUUUUUAUUUUUGUGAAUUUAAGAAUCUAUUUUUAAUCUUGAAAUACAUACCUUCGAUGUAUAUUGUAGAUGCCCAGGGAGAAUACAUUUUCCAUUUUAAGGAAAGUAUUGUUACUAGUGCUGCAUUUCUUGAAUCAUAUUCAUCUUUGUAUGUACAUUGGAGCCUGGAUACAAAUUAAAGGAAGAGUUGAUUAAA